UUUUUUUUUUCCUCUUGCUAUAGCUCAUCUAACUGUGUGCUACCAGGUCAGUGUCAUCAGAGCCAGAAUCAGUCAAGUCCAGGUGCUGGAGCUGGACGUCCUCUGGACUAUCCUGAGACGCACUUCCCUUCCUCCAUCCACGUCCUCCUCCUUCCCGCCAACACCACGCUGCCUCUCAGGAUGCUGCAUCUUCUCAUGCUCGCGUUGUUUCUCGGCGACGUGGACAGCACAUGUUCUGUAUACAACUCAACUCUCAGACUGGUUCCACCUGAGGUGGUAGAAGAAUAUGGCAGGGAGGUAUCGGUGAACUGCACCAGUGAAAAUGGAAUCCAUGAUGGGAUGUACUGGAAGCACGGAAACAGAGAGUCCAACUUGACAGAGGACGAUUUCACCUCCUGGAGACUGUCUCUGUCCGAGUGGAACGUGACGACGGCCAAGUGCAUCCUGAUGCUCCCCGACGGGUCUGAAUGCAGCGAAGACCUCGAAAUCACUCUGUACAAGAAUCCAGACUCGGUCAACCUGUACCCCACACAGUACGUCAACGACCUGGUGGAGGGCACGCUGUACGAGCUGCAGUGUGACAUCGUCGAGGUGGCUCCCAUCCAGAAUCUUACCGUCCGCUGGUACAAGGACAGUCAGGUGGUGAGGACAGAGACCUUCACCUCCAACACAACCAGAACACCUGUGAGCGAGUCAUCCCUCUUCACGGUCAACAUCAGCAGAGAAGACGACGGAGCCUGGUUCAGAUGUGAGGCUCAGCUGGACUUUGGGCCUCACAGAUCCAAACAACCUGUUCUUUCUGAGCCGCACGUUAUUUCCGUGUACUAUGCUCCUGAGCUCAACGGCACGGCCGAUGAAGGUGUCCACGUGGCCCAGGGCGCUGACGUCACUCUGGCCUGCGACGCUAAGGGAAACCCACCUCCUGAAUUUCACUGGACCCGCGACGGAGUGAAUAUGACGGAAGACAAAAGCUACGUCAACGUUAGCCAAGUGAACACCAACGUGACUUACGUGUGCACCGCUACCAACCGUGUGGGAACAACAACCAAGCGCAUACAUGUGUAUGUGAGAGAAGAUGUCGUGGAAGCGCCUGCUGAUGCCGUGACCCCACCUGAACCUCCAAUUGUUUGCUCCUUGGUGCCUGAUAAAGUGGCGGUGAGGUUUGGAGACCCACUUUCAAUCAACUGUGUCACGACAGCCACAAAUGUGUAUAGAAUGUCCUGGAAAGAGUCGAAUGUACUCAGCUUUCACAAAUCCCCAACUGCCACCUGGAAGAUGGAGAAAGUGGAGGACUGGAACAUACAACCUAAAUGCCAGGUUUCUCUAGUGAGUGGCCACAGCUGUUCAGCAACGCCGGCCAUUACGGUCUAUAAGACUCCAGACGCCGUGUCGCUGUCUGCGCACGCCGAUGGUCUGAUGGUGGAGGACACUGUGAACUUCCUCACAUGUCACAUCGUCAACGUGGCUCCCGUGCAGAAUCUCACGGUGACGUUGUACCGAGGAAACAAAACAGUGAGCACACAUGGGUUCAACUCCACCCUGGUGACUCCAGCCAGCGUGUCCUCACACUUCUCAUUGAUUCCUGUGAGAGACGACGAUGGCGCGCAGUACAGAUGCAGCGCAGAGCUGCACCUCGGGCAACAAACUGUUCCCGCGACGUCUUCAGAACCGUACACGGCUGUCGUUCACUAUGGUCCCCUGUUCACCUGUGACUCUCAGUAUAGGGUUAAAGAGCAUGAUAAAGUCCAGAGAAUGUGUGACCCAGAGGGGGCGCCCACACCCACCAUCAGGUGGUUUAAAGGCGGAAACGAGAUUGGUUCACCUCAGCGCUGGACGAAGCACGACAGCGGGGUCUAUGUCCUCAAAGCAGAGAACCGGCACGGAACAGCCAACCACACACUGUCUCUGGAUGUCUGGUUUGCUCCUGAGAUUAAGGAGGGAAACGUCAGUAUGGAGUUCACCCCCGGUGAGAAUGUGACUUUGGACUGCCAUGCUGAGGGAAACCCCGUCCCUAAGGUCCUGUGGAAGAACACCUCUGCUGUGAAUGUGAUGCAGACCACUGGAGGGCACCAUGGGAGCAUUAGAGUGACAGUAGCCACGUCUACCAAUGCUGGUGUUUACAUCUGCGUUGCCACGAAUGAAGUUGGGACUGUGUCAAGAUCUGUCACACUGCAGAUGAAAGGCCAGGCAUUUGUUCGCAGAUUAUCUUUCAUCCUAUGGCCGCUGCUCGUCAUUUUCAUCAUCUUCUUCUUCAUCGUCCUGUUCGUGCUCUGCAGAUGUAGGAAAAAUCAUGGACAGUACAGCUUUAUUACCGACAAAGAUAUUCCCUUGAUGACAAAGUCUGAUGGGAGCAAAGUUUAGGAUUAUUUACUAUCUGCUGAUUAUGGUAAGAUUAAAUCAACUCUGGGACAAAAAACUAAAAAAUGGCAUGCAUUUUCUGUAUUUUCUUAUUUUUUUCUUUUUAAAUGGUACUGUCCCAGUGUUACAGGGGCGUUUUAACAAACUUUGGGGACCUGUAUUAAACCUAACUAAAGCAAGCUUGUGGCAUCAGGGUUUCCAACCAUGGUGCCACUGGAGUUUUCUGUACAUAGCUGAAGAUGCAUCUCACAAAAUUGUCAUUGCUACAAAACAAAUAAUCAUCUAAUCUCGGGUGGCCUCAUAUUAGCUUGGGGCCUAAUCUGUUUCAAUGUUCCUUACUCUAUAGAUGUAGAAAUGCCUUCUGGGAAGAUUACCAAAAAUAUUUUCCAAGCACAAGUCAUGUUUAUCGCUGUAUCCAUUUUUUCUGUUGUUGUGUUUUACUUGUGAGAUUAGCAUCUUUUUAUGAAAUUGUCAUUGACCUUUUUACUACAGCCUCCGUCACUCUGUACAUUUCGAUUUACGUCAAACUACGGUUGUAGGUUGUCUUCAUUUAACUGGACAAGGCUGCUCCUUUUCCCAGUAUCCAAGCACUGGCAUGGGACAGCUAGCAGCUAAUCGUUAGCACGUCGAUGGCCAUUCCAGGUCCUUCCACUGUCCAGUAACUUCAAAAUAUUUCUGUGUCAAUCCAGGCUAGUGUUGACCUAGUGUUGAUUAAAAUUGGAUGAGCACAUCUUUGAACACCUUUUCUGUCAAAACACACUGUUUUUUGUGUUUUUUUUCUGUUUUUAGGCUGAAUUUAUUGUCAGCUUUACUAUCUUGCAUUGUUAUGCUGUUCAAUUGGACUCCUGCUCUUGUCCCAGUAUGCAAGCACUAGUGGGGAAAUUAUUUAUUGAAUGAGUGUCCUUGAAAAGCAUGUUUAGCUUGUGGCUAGUCGUUAGCAUGUCCAAUCUGAGUCACCCUACCCUCUGUUUACUUGAUAAAUAUCCAAUUCUUUAAGCUGACAGAGCAUACGUUUGGUCUAAAACAUCUUCAUGUUUUUAAUCUGUGAGCCAGCUUACAUUAUUUAUGUGUCAACAUGCAGUAUUAUGCAGUAUUUUGACUCCAAAUCACAUGAUGUGGGUGGGUUAGUCCAUCUUUAACAAAAUUCUUUAGUUAGUAAUGUGUCCUUUCGACUUAAAAGUCAAAUUUGAAUUGGACAAAUGGAAUAAAACAUUAUUUUUUUGACUGACUACUUUUAUUAUCUGUAUGAUUUCACAGUAUUGACGUGACUAUCUGCUCUUGGAUGUGAGAAAACAAUCAUCAAUAAAACAAUAAAUAAACAUCA